GUUGAUAGUUGAAUACGAAAAAUUAUAUGGCUGUGUAUUGACAUGCGAGAAUUCACAUAUUUAAAACGUUUCAGUUAUUUUCCUUUACAGAUGAGAAACGAAAUGGAACUAAGAAUGAGGACGCAUUGACAUGUCUCUCUAGAUGUGAUAAAGGAACUCAAAUGAGCCCUCCUGAAACUGAGAAUGAUGCAGCAAAAUCCUCACCCACUUGGACCAUGAAUCGUCAAAAUAGCCAUGCUGCGAAGUUAGAGGUGAGAGAUGUAGAGGUAGACAGUGAGGCUACUAUUAUUAGGUGGUCUAAGAGCCAUGUACCUAGGCUGAGCUUGCUACCUGGUAAACACUCAAGGAAAAGGAGUAGUACGGAAGCCCAACCUUCAGGUUUGGAUAUUGCAGAGUCAACGUUGGACUCUACCAAGUUUCAGAGGGAGGAAUCCAAAAUCAUUGCAUGGGAGAGUUUGCAAAAAGCCAAGGCUGAAGCUGCAGUACGAAAACUAGAGAUGAAAUUGGAAAAGAAGAAAUCGACGUCGAUGGAAAAGAUUCUAAACAAGCUGAGAAGGGCUCAGGUGAAGGCUGAAAAGAUGAGAAACCAAACAAGUGUAGAAGAGGAUCAGCAGCAGGUUUCCAAGACUCGGAAAGUAUUUUCAUUCCAAAAAUAUGUCCAGAUAUGGUCUCCAAGGAGUUGCUUCGGCACUCAUGCUCCAUGAUUAAUAUUUAGUACAAUAUACAAAUUAUUAAGGUUUUGCCCCGAUAACCACAGAAAAUUAACAUUCAAGUCAGGUCAUUUUCAUUUGCCUUUUCUUUUUUGUACUUCCCAAUAACGUCAAAUAAUGAAUGACUACUGCAUUCUUACUGCCUUUUGACAUUUUAGGCAUUAUGUACCAAAUCUAAUGGGUUCAUUUCUGGAUGUUACCUUUACCUUUAUUUGUCUUCUAUA